UAGCGGCAGUUAGAUUCUAGGGUUAUCGAAUUGAAACUUGGGCGGCCGGAAAAAGGUUCCUUUGGACCGUUCGAAAUUGGGAGCAAGAAACCCUGCUGAAAUCUGGAAGCGCUGGGGUUGUUGAUCUCCUCUUCCGCCAUUGGUAACUGCCGCAAGAACCACCCUCAAGGCCGUGGAGUUCUUGAUGAAUGGUGGCCAUGUCGUGUACUCAAAGAGGAACCGCCGUCGGAGCCUGUCUGGGAGUCGAGCUAUGGCUUCCGAAGCCCUCGACUGGAUACGGCCGCCGUCGCCGGUCGAUGAAAACGCCACCACUUCCUGCUCCCCGUCGGAAUCCUCUGCUGCUGAAAAGAUUCUUGAACCCUCUAGCCAAGAACUGCAUGCUCGGUUCUUCAAAGCCGUGAAGAAAUUAUCGGGAUCGGACCAUGUUUCCCUUCCAAAGACCGGCUCCAGACCUAUCCACCCACACGCGCUUGCUUACAAUAGGCUGAUGGGGGCCUUCGGCCAGGUCGGCGAGGUGGAUGAAGUCCUCCGCCUCUUCCGCGAGAUGAAAGAAUCCAAGUGCCAUCCGAAUGUUCUCUGUUACAACACGGUCAUCAACGCCCUGGUUAUGGCGGAGCGUCUGGAAGAAGCCGAAGCAAUAUUUGAGGAGAUGAUCUUGUCGGGGCUAAGGCCCAAUGUUUCCUCCUAUAACAUUCUCAUAAAGAUGCAUGCUUGGUAUGCGAGACGAUUCGAUCUGGCCUAUGAGGUCCUUCUGAGGAUGAAGGGUUGUGGGUACAGUCCUGACACCACCACAUACUCGACAUUGAUUGCAGGUCUUUGUAGGGAAGGGAGAAUUAGGGAGGCCUUGGGUGUUUUAGAUUGGAUGCUGGAGGAGAAAUGCUCGCCCACCGUCCACACUUAUACGCCCAUUGUGCAAGGUUAUUGCCGUGAAGGAAGAAUUGAAGAGGCUAAAAGUUUGAUGGCCACUAUGGAGAGUGUCGGCUGCCCUCCGAAUUGUGUGACCUACAAUAUAUUGAUCGAUGCACUUUGCAAAGUGGGGAGCUUUGAUGAGGUUGAGAAGGUUCUCCGAGAAAGUGAGUUAAAGGGUUGGAAGCCUAAUGCGAUCACCUAUAACACGUAUAUCAAUGGCCUUUGUAAGAGCCACAAGGCUAAAGAAGCAUUCCAGAAAUUGGAAGUUAUGCUGGGGAAUGGAUUGUCUCCCACUGUAGUCACUUUGAAUAUCCUUCUUGAUUGCCUUUGUCGUGAUUCAAAAGUUUGGGAGGCCAAAUGCUUGUUGGAGAGGAGCUCUGAACUGGAAUGGGAUGUUGGUGUGGUUGGUUACAACACUGUGAUGAGCAGGCUAUGUGAGAUUGGGACAUGGUCAGCUGUUCUUAAGCUCUUGAGUGACAUGUUUAAAAAAGGUAUCUCCCCAAAUACUCAAACAUUUAACAUUGUGAUUCGUAGCCUAUGCAUAGGUGGAAAAUUUCGCAAAGCAGAAUGUUUGGUUAGCAGCAGAGGGUUCAUUCCAGAUGUGGUGACAUAUAACACGAUGAUUCAUUGGUUUUAUCUUGAGGGAAAGAUAAAUGAGGUUCAGCAUCUUUUUUCUAACAUGGAUGUUCAGAAGAUUACACCAGAUGCAAUCACUUACAAAAUUUUGAUUAAUGGCCUUUGUAGACAAGGAAAGUAUUCGGAGGCUACUAAUUGUUUCUUCAGAUCUCUGGAAUAUGGCUAUUCUAAAGAUCUUGUUCUAUCUCUAACUUAUAGGCUGAUUAGGAGUAGAAGACUCAAAGAAAUGCUCAACCUAUGUAAAGGAUUGGAGAGGCAGGGUUUUUUUCCAGAUGUCCUUAUCUUUGAAACAACAAUCAGGGCAUUUUGCAGGGAGGGUUAUUGUCGAAGCACAGAUAUUUAUCAAGUCUGUCUUGUUCUGGACAAAAUGCUUCAGAGGAGUUAAAACUCUUGCUGGAUGUUGGAUUCGUUUAAUCUAACAUUUCCUUUUCAUUGGAGAACGUGAACAUAUGGGAGACGAGUAGGUGUAGAGUGAAGCAACCUUGCCAGCGUCAUAGGAAUUGUAUGUUUAAUUAUGAGGCAGUUGAUGAAGAUGCUGGGCCAAUUUCUGCAGUUAUUACAAAGAGAUUUAAGUGCAUGUAGGAUGUUCUUUGUACAAAUGGAUUGCUCUUGUCAUUAUUGCCGAGGCUAAAGUCUUGCCUUCUGAUCGAACUUGACUUACAUCAGUCAGCUGAAUAAAGCAUGUCAACAAAUUCAUGCAACUUACAAAAUGAUUGAAGAAGGAGGGCAGAAGGUAAUGAGAUAUCGUGAUGCCCUGCAUGUUCUCAAGCUCGUGGGGUCAUCAUAGGCAAAGCUGUAUGCGUGGGGGCAUAUGGACUUGAAGAUGUGGGAGAAAAGUGUUGGCUUGCAGCUCCUUGGGGAACUGUAAUCCCCGGUGCAGCAAUACUUGUCCGUCUUCAGAGCCAGGCAUGCACUCUUACACCCAACCACCUUCCCUUGCCGCCUCUCCUCAAACUUGAAAGGGCAGCAGACGUUCAGGUCCACCUCGCAUCCUGCCACACCGCACCCGAUUCCUCCCCCGAUUGGUUUCAUUGUAACUGGAAGAUUGAAGCCAUCCACCAAGCUCACAUCAUAGUAGUGCAGUGGUGAUCUGGUGGUGCCAAAGGUCAUCUCAACAACGGUGGCUGGUGGUGCUCCACUCAUGCCCUGGCAAUGGAGUCGCCCGCCGCAAUCCCCCGUGUCGCAGGAGCCCUUGCCUUGUUUGUCAAAGCAGCAGCCUUUUCUGGCCCAUAUCCUCCCAGACCAGCCGGGAGGCACAUCGAAGAAUGUCUCCUCGAACGCAUCAAGAUGGAAGCCUCCAUCUUCUGGGGUCGGUUGCCCUGCAUUGCCGAGUGUCCCAGGCCACACGCUGUGGUUGCAAUUGUUAACCAGUAUGAGUUGGAUCUCACCUGCAAGAAAGGAGAGGUGCAGAAGGAGGAAUUCAGAUUCCCUUGUCAGCAAAUUAAGAAUACUAGGAUUGUUCGGUUUACAUUUGAUCUUACAUGAUAGCGUGAUCGACAAGCAGAGACAGAGGAAGAAAAGAUUUAGUUUGUGAGUUGGCAUCCUUCCCGGUCUAUUGGGUUUUUGAUGUUGGCUCAGUGCUGUCGGUUGGCUUUUUUGGGGUGCUAUAUGUGAUGUUUGGAAGAGCAAAGAGACGGGGGAGUGGGGGUAGUGGCUUCCUAGAACUUCGUUGCCAUGAAGUGUGCCGCAACCACUUGUAACGGCUUUUGAAGGGGGCUGACUGCUGAGAAGUGCUGGGACACUACGUGCUCUUAAGAUAUAGCUUCAUUUUAUCUAUCUAUCUAUCUAUCUUUAUCUAUAUAUUUAUUUAUUUAUAUAUUUAUAGUC